CGUGCAUCCCCGUUACACGAAAAAGAGCAGCGGCGGCGGCAGCUGAGCGCGAGGCUACAGCGUGCAUAAUAAAAAGCCACUGCCGGGGACGCUUUAGCAGGCUAAGCUACGCAGCUAGUUGCUGCUACUGUAGCCAUAAGGCAGACAGGCGAGUUCCAGCAGCCGACGCACACGCGCGCGCGCGCCGACUCCCGCACACGGCGGCGGGACUGAGGCACGCGCGCGGGUCCGUGCGUGGAUUCUCGGCCUGCGUUCGCCAGAAAGAGCACGUCUCCCCGCCGGCGGCCGCGGCGGCGCAGGGUCGGGGUGCUGCUCUGCGGGGAAUGGUGGCCGUGACCGAGUGACGGGGCAGCUUUUGAUUGAAGGGGAAUUAUUCCAAAUAAGAACUUGCGUGUGUUUAUUGUGCAGCCCGUGGCAAAACGCUGUGUGUGUUGAAAUAGUGUAAUUUAAACUUUGCAGCGCAGAUGAAUGAACGGUCGGCGUGGCUGUUGCAGCUCCGUUCAAGUUGUGUUUUUAUUAGCAGGAAUUUAGAUUAGCCUCCGCUUUCGAGGCUGGCAUUAAUCUUUUAGACUCUAAUUCUUCGCACACAUCACAUGAAGUCGCUUCCUGCUGACCCAGAAAACACAAGUCAAUGUGUUUUUUUAACACUGCACAGCGUUUGGUUUAAAUCGCAAACUGUUUGCUUUAAGUUUCUUUUACUCAACGCCGUAACACAACAUUGAAGCAUCUGAUGAACUUUGGAGCUGCUGAUUUGCUUCCAAAGCAGAUGACACACUUGUACUGAGGGACUUUUUCCCCUCCUCUCUGCUUCUUCCUGUGCUCGUGGCUGCAUCAGUAGGUCUGGUAUAUAAAGCCUGUCAGACCCACAGUGGCCACUUUACUAUCAGUCAGGGAGGUCAGACAGGAAGGAAGCUCAGGGUGAGGGGACACGCAGCCGGUUGCAGUGCGUCGUGGUCGGGUCCGUGGGCCUUGUCGCCGCCGCUCCCGCUGGGGGACUUCCUGGGCUUCUCCUGAAGGAUGACCGCCGCACGGCUCAACACUCAAUCCCGGUGAACGAACGGCGUCUCAUGUCCAAACGGUGGAAGGAUGGCUCAUGGCAAAGUGACCAUCACGGUGGACGAGUACAGCUCCAACCCCACCCAGGCCUUCACGCACUACAACAUCAAUCAGAGCCGCUUCCAGCCGCCACAUGUCCACAUGGUGGAUCCCAUUCCUUAUGACACUCCCAAACCGGCGGGACACACCAGGUUUGUGUGUGUGUCGGACACACACUCACGUACAGACGGCAUCCAGAUGCCCUACGGUGACGUGCUUCUGCACAUGGGCGACUUCACAGAACUGGGCCUGCCCUCCGAAGUGAAGAAGUUCAACGACUGGCUAGGUGGACUCCCCUACGAGUUUAAGGUGGUGAUCGCCGGAAACCACGAGCUGACCUUCGAUAAGGACUUUAUGGCGGAGCUGGUCAAGCAGGAUUACUACCGCUUCCCCUCGGUGUCCAAGCUCAAACCGGAGGACUUUGACAAUGUCCAGUCCCUCCUCACAAACUGUGUGUACCUGCAGGACUCGGACGUCACCAUUAAAGGGUUCCGGAUAUACGGCACGCCGUGGACUCCGUGGUUUAACGGCUGGGGCUUCAACUUGCCUCGGGGUCAGUCUCUUCUGGAUAAAUGGAACCUCAUCCCUGAAGGCGUCGACAUACUGAUGACCCACGGGCCGCCGCUCGGUUUCAGGGACUGGGUUCCUAAGGAGCUGCAGCGCGUUGGCUGCGUGGAGCUGCUCAACACGGUCCAGAAGAGGGUGCGACCCAAACUCCACGCCUUUGGAGGCAUUCAUGAAGGCUACGGGAUCAUGACAGACGGCUACACGACGUUCAUCAACGCGUCCACCUGCACCGUCAGCUUCCAGCCCACCAACCCCCCAAUUGUGUUCGACCUGCCCAACCCCUCCAGCUCCUGAGACCAGCGGGCUGUGGGGGGGGUCGGGUCGGCUACUCUUUUCUAUAAAUAUGUCAAGUUUAAAAAAAAAAGGAACGUGUUCCUUUGCCAAGUUUUGUUUCUCUGGGCUGAAGGUGAGGACGUGGGGCGGGAGGCGUUAGCGUGGGAGGGUUAAAGGACAAUACCGGCGUUUCCUCCUCGCUGUAGAAGCUGCAUCCACACGGUGUGUCCGACCUGCAGGACGGCACACUACACAAAAAACACCACAAUCAAACAUGAGCGCGUGUCCUCUUCAUUCCAUAUUUCAGCACCGUGAGCCUCAACAUUAAUGGUUGUCGUCUAAAUAUUUGCCUCACCUGAUUCGAAUCCGUUUGCAGGAAGUAUUAACCACCGGUAUUCUCCUUGUCAGAGGGCUCUCGUGGUUUAACAAUCUUGCUCUUGAUACAUUUUGCUCAGACCUGUAAAAUACAUGCUUUGUGAAUUUGUACAAUUUCUUUCCGUUUGGUUUGCGUUGGCCAGACGAUGGAUGCCAUUGUUCCGUGUUGAAUCAUCUGAUGUUUUGUGUUUAGGUCUAUUUUUUUGUCAGUUCCUCUUUUCUCACUGGCUGACAGGGACGCUGCCUUAAACUAGCUUUAAUGUUCUCAGCUAGAGCCCCACUCUCUGCGAGUUCAGAGGAAAUUAUUUAUUACCGAUCCUCCCCGCAACGCAACACCUGACUAAUGCAGGGACAGAAAGCUGGAAAUGCUCCUCGGAAUUUCACCUUUCUUACAUUGACAUUGAGCAUUUCUGACCUAAUUUGGAAAAUGUAUGUAUAAAAUAUAUAUAUUAUAUAUUCAUGUUGUAAAACAUCUGUACUUAAAGUUGUGUUUGAUUUAAAAAUAAGAAAAUCUGGUGCUUUUUUAACGCACCUGUACGAUUGACACGUUUUGUUGUUUUGUUUUUGUUUUUUUGCUCCCAUCAGACGUUCUUCAGAGGUCUCUUUACUGUUUUUGUAUGGACUCUCCCCAUAGGGUAGAAAUUCAUUUUGGAUGCGAGAGGCAGAUUUGUCACAAUCUAACAGGUGCUGGUUGUUCCCAGAAACACACCUGCCUAAACAUUAAGUUGUCCUUUAAAAGUGUAAAUCUGAUAGUAUUUGUGAUUUAUUGCUUUCUUUUCUGAUUUUGCACUGUGUGUAAAUGCAAUCUUGCUAGCACAAAAAAAAAUGUUGCCGAUAGUUGUCUCAACUUGGCCGCUGUAAAUGCUCUUCUCGUGCUCCGUUCCUCUCUCGCUCUUUUUCUGAUUGUAUCCCUCUUUAUGGAAAUGUUAGUUCUCUUUCGGUUCAUUGUGAUAUAUUUAGCUGCCUUUAUAUGCAAAUAAAAUUGCAAGAUUUUUACUUAUCA